AUGGAGCUUCGACUUCUCGAGCGGGUCUCCGUCUCUCAUGGCAUUGCUCACACCAGGUCGUUGGUGAGCACUGCUCGACGCUCUUGCAGAAUUCUGAGGGCUCAGAACCUUUCGGGAGUUCUCCCACCAGAGUUGGUCAAACUUCCGAAACUCCAACAAAUAGACCUCCCGCGCAACUACCUUAACGGCACCAUACCUCCAGAAUGGGGCUCUACGCAGUUGGUGAACAUUUCUCUCGUCGGAAACCGGUUAUCGGGUUCUAUCCCAAAAGAACUCGCAAACAUCACAACUCUCAGAAUGCUGAAUGUCGAGUACAAUCAGCUUUCUGGUACUGUUCCUCCAGAGCUUGGGAAUCAGGUCGGCAUAGAGCGAAUUCUGCUUUCCUCGAAUUAUUUUACAGGGCAGUUGCCCGAGACAUUUGCUAAGCUGACCAACUUGAAGGACUUUCGGAUAAGCGAUAACCAAUUUACUGGAAAGAUGCCGAAUUUUAUAGGAAACUGGACACAAUUGGAAAAACUUGUCAUACAAGCAAGCGGUUUGCAAGGGCCAAUUCCUUCUAGCAUUUCUCUUUUGGAAAACUUAACUGAUAUAAGGAUUAGUGACAUAAAUGGAACAGAAGCAACUUUUCCGCCACUGAGUAAAAUGAUAAAAAUAAGGACACUGAUUCUAAGGAGUUGCAACAUUAUUGGAGAAUUGCCUUCAUAUCUUGGAAGCAUGAACAUGACAAACCUAAAAACCUUAGACCUGAGCUUUAACAAGUUGACAGGGCAAAUUCCUAGUAGCUUUGAAAAGUUAUCAAAAGUUAAUUACAUAUAUCUAACAGGAAACUUUCUAAAUGGUCCUGUUCCUGAUUGGAUGUUGAAGAAAGGAGAAAUUAUUGAUCUUUCCUACAAUAACUUUACAUUGAGGAGCUUAGGGCAACGAAGUUGUCAACAGAGAAAUGUGAAUUUAUUUGGAAGCUCUUCUUUGGAAAACAACUCCAAUGGAGUUGUUACAUGCUUACAGGGCCUUCAUUGUUCACAAAAUGUGUAUAAACUCAAUAUAAAUUGUGGUGGACGAGAAGUUACAAUAGGAGACAGCAUAUAUGGAUCUGAUCAAGACACAGCUGGUCCUUCAACAUUUUUCCAAAGUAAAUAUAACUGGGUCUUUAGCAGCACAGGUUACUUCCUAGAUGAUGACAAAAAUGUGGAUGACUUUUUAGUAACAACUGCAUCAAGACCAUUAAACAACCCUGAAAACUCUGAAUUGUACAUGUCAGCACGCCUUUCUCCCCUUUCUCUUACAUAUUAUGGAUACUGUCUUCUAAAGGGAAGUUAUAAUGUGAAACUUCACUUUGCUGAGAUCAUGUUCACAAAUGAUAGAAAUUUUAGCAGCCUUGGAAGACGCAUAUUUGAUGUUUAUAUUCAGGGAAGAUUAGCACUGAAAGAUUUCAAUAUAGCAGAAGAAGCGGGUGGAGUGGGCAAGGCAAUCAUCAAAAACUUUAGUGCAGUUGAUGUAACAACUGGAACUUUAGAAAUCCGUUUCUACUGGGCUGGGAAAGGAACAACAGGAAUCCCUUAUAGAGGCAUAUAUGGUCCUUUGAUAUCAGCUAUCUCUGUGCAGCCUAAUUUUAAACCUCCUGAAGACAGAAGGAAGAAACCUGAAGGUGUUGUAGCUGGAAUUGUGGUCUCAGUAGUAGGCCUAAUCUCCUUGGUACUCGGUGUUCUUUGUGUCCUUUGGUGGAAAGGCUGUAUAGGAUAUGAUACAAUGGACCAAGAUUUGAAAGGUUUAGAUCUACAAACUGGUUCCUUUACAUUAAGACAAAUUAAAGCUGCCACAAACAACUUUGAUGCAGCAAACAAGAUAGGAGAAGGUGGUUUUGGGCCUGUUUACAAGGGUCUUUUAUCAGAUGGAACCAUUAUAGCAGUUAAGCAACUUUCAUCCAAAUCAAAGCAAGGAAACCAUGAAUUUGUGAACGAGAUAGGCAUGAUUUCUGCUCUGCAACACCCUAAUCUUGUAAAGCUUUACGGAUGUUGCAUUGAAGGAAACCAAUUGCUGCUAGUAUACGAGUUCAUGGAAAAUAACAGUCUUGCACGUGCUUUGUUUGGUCCAGAAGAGUGCCAAUUAAAGUUGGACUGGGCAACUAGACACAAGAUCUGUGUUGGGUUAGCAAGAGGCCUUGCUUAUCUCCAUGAAGAAUCAAGGUUGAAGAUUGUUCACAGAGACAUCAAGGCUACUAAUGUUCUUGACAAGGAUCUUAAUCCCAAGAUAUCUGACUUUGGGUUGGCCAAGCUUGAUGAUGCAGAGAAGACACACAUGAGCACAAGGGUUGCUGGAACUUAUGGAUAUAUGGCACCAGAGUAUGCAAUGAAAGGUCACCUUACUCAUAAAGCAGAUGUAUACAGUUUUGGAGUCGUUGCCUUGGAAAUUGUUAGCGGGAAAAGCACCACUAAUUUCAGGCCAACAGAAGAAUGUCUUGAUCUUCUUGAUUGGGCCUUUGUUCUGAGAGGGAAAGGAAAUUUGAUGGAUUUGGUGGAUCCAAGGUUAGGAUCCGAGUUCAACAACGAAGAGGUGAUGAGAACGAUUAAUGUAGCUCUAUCAUGCACUAAUUUCUCUCCUGCACUUAGGCCUAUCAUGUCUUCAGUGUUGAGCAUUCUCCAAGGCCAGUCAAUGAUUCCAGAGUCUUUAAAAUCAAGCAUCUCUUAUGAUGAGUUAAGGCACAACUCUAUCCAGGAUCAUUAUCAACAGAGCCAAUAUCAGAAUAUGGUUAAAAGCCAGAACUGGAGUUUAUCACCAGAUGGACCAUGGACUUCAUCUUCUACAUCCAACACAGAUCUAUACCCAAUCAAUCUGGACUGCCUGUAUUGGAGCAACCGAGAGUAAAAAAGUGUAUUCUUUCUUGGUUGGUUUUCCACGUUUGUCACAUGUAUCCAUUUGGUAUGUUUAUUAUUCAUUUUGAUCUCUGCUUAAUUUGACAAUGAAUGUACUAGGACGAAAUGUUUUUAAUGGAUUGUAACAAGGACUAAAUUAGGGCAGAUUAAUGCAUAGAAAGCUUAGCAACAUGUAUGAUAAAUCAGGCAGGUAUGUAUUUUUACAAACGACAGAUAUGUAAA